AUGUCGGACGUGGCGCCGCCCGAGUCGCGUGAUGACGAUCCGCCUGUCAUCAUCAAUGAGCCCACAUCGCACAACACAAUAAAGACACCACCACCAAUAGCAACAGCAGCAGCAACAGCAGCAGCAACAGCAACAGCAACAGCAACAGCAACAGCAACAGCAACAGCAACAGCAACAGCAACAGCAACAGCAACAACAACAACAACAACAACAGCAGCAGCAUCAUCAUCAUCAUCAUCAUCAUCAUCAUCAUCAUCCCGUCACCAAUCCUCCUCCUCCUCUUCGCCUGUUGCCCCUUCUAGCGAAACCCCACAGCGCUGUGAGCCCACCACUGACCCUAGAAAGACUCUGCAGCUCUCUACUGCCGUCGAUUCGGCCCUUGCGUCUGCACAGACGAGUCCGGGUACAAAGACACCCGAGGUCACCCCCACUGCCACUGUAAGCACCCUUCAGCUUGCAUCCAAUGCCCUCUCCACCAUUCCACAGCAACAAGAAUCCCAUGCAGCAUCGAUAGUACCAGCAGCUGCCCAGCUCCUCUCUGCUCUGCAUCGCAAACAUAAAAAGGCUCCUGCCAUUCAGAGUCCUCGACCAGGCUCGAUCCGCUCGCGUAGUGCAGCUACUACUCCAGUCCCACCUUCUCUCUUGCACGGUCUUAAGCAUGACUCUUUCGACCUCACCGCCAACUCCUCUCGCGCAACAACGCCAACACGGACCCCGUCGGGGCGUGCCAAAAGACAGAGGCGCGAGCGCAAUCCGCCUACUCCGAGUGCAGUCCCUUCCGCUUUGCCGAGUUUGCAGUCAAACGAUCGCAGGAGAUCCGCACGAGUCGCAAAGGCAGUCACUACAAGCACUUCCGACAGUCCCAACACUCCCAACACUCCCAACACUCCCAAUCUCGCACUCUUUCAAUUCUCGCCCUACUUGGAGAACCUUGUGAUCAACGCAAAGGAGACUGAUCGUCGAACACGCUCUGCUGCAAGAGGCAUUCGUCCGAUUGUCGAUCGUGCACCUACUCGAGCCAAGCGUAGUGCCGCCAAAAGCAAAACAAACCAGCCAGACCAAGAUGCUCCCGACGACGAGGCUAAAGCAGAGCUUUACCGACAAUUGUGCAUCAUCUCCUAUCAGCUACAAGCACAUCUAGAUUUGAUGCCUCACAAGUCAUUAGAGCAGCUUUCCGCUCAAUUUGCAACACCACCGCCCCAUGAGAAUGCUGAUGAGCAUGCUAACCUGCCCACAACUUGUCCCGAAAGUGCUCUUCCAGGUGCAUCAGCCAAUGCAAGUCGAGCCAAUACGCCUGCUCCCAACCUCAACAGGCAGAACAGCUACCACGCACAGAACAGCUACAACCCGCACAAUCAAGCAAAUGCAAGUGCCUCCAUGUGCUCGCAACAGCAACCUCUCAUCGUCAAAGCCGAACCACCACAAUCGCCACGCUUCUCCCACCUUGAAUCGCAGUAUACUCAAUCACAUGCUCAUUUUGAGUCGCAAGAGCCACCCAAGCAUGCCUACUACUCGCCAGAAUCGUCACCGGAAGUAGCGCUGGCACAGAGAGUAAGGCCACCAGCUUCCACUUACAACUAUCAUCCACCCACAUACGGAAAAGUAGACCAAAUCCAGGACGAGCGCAUGUCUCCUCCCUUUCCACCAGCGCGGCGCAACAUCAUGUCCAUCUCUGCGCUCAUCCAUGGUCCCACUCAACCCACCAAACCUCGCACUCCAUCGCCCCCGCUUAUCCGCACGCCUCCUCGACCGCUAGCACCACAUAACAUGCAAGAAUGGACAGACCAAGAUGAAAUGGCUUCUCACUUUCUCGACGCUUGUAUUGCAGCAAUGCCUAAGCUCGACACCACCGAGCUCGAUCGCCUGACCCAGAUUGCUCAUUUGGCGGCAUUCCACCUUGCUCUCCCCUCUACACCUUGUUCACCACGCACCUCCAUCCCACCUUUGCUAGAGCAGGAUGAGCAGGCUCGUCUCGAAGCCAUUGCCAAGUACGACCCUAGACGUCUCAACCCGCUCGACACCCUCGAUACUACCGCACUCUAUUCCGCUGAAGAAUCACACUAUCUCUCAGAGAUGCAGGGCAACCAAGAACUCUACCAGUCCAUCCGCUACCUUUCCAGCUUCGACGCUGUGGUUGAUGAGUGGCGAGCGGCAGAACUAAUGCGUCUGCGAUUCCAACUUGAAAUGCGCAAAGCAGAGAUCGAUCGCAUUUGGUCUUGCGAUCGUAAGCUCGCUUGGUCGACCUUCAUCGAUAAUCGUGCACGUCAGCUCUAUCGAGGAGCGAUGGCAGAGCUUAGUCGUAACAAGUGGCAAGCCGAGAUGCAGCUCGACCUCUUGGCGGUGCAUAGAAGCAAGACCAAAGGUUUGAGCAAGUUGACCAAGGAUAUUCUUGUGCCUGAUCUUGUUGGCUUCCAGCAAGAUGACAAGGUCAAGGAGCUCUAUAGGAAAUUCGGCAAGUUUCUUGCUGUGGGCGCCAAGUAUACUGAUGUCGUCGAUCCAUUGGUUAGGGCAGAUUUGAGCAAGAUGAGGGAUGCAAUACGCUCACAGAAGCGAAGCAACAAACUUGGUCAAGAGGCUGAAGAAACAACGGCAGAAGCAGACGCCGACCUCGUCGAUGCAGAGCAAGUUGCUUCAGAAGACUCUUGCUACGAAUCCGACUCGGACUCAUCCUACGUCACUUGCUCCUCAUCCGGCAUCUCCUCCCUACCCUCCUUCAGCUCGGUCUACAGCUCUCCCCGUCUCCCCAGCAUUGCCGAUUUCGAUGCACCGGACAUCCUCAUCUCCACCGACGACCUGGAGGGAAUGGCAUCCGAAGUCGCCUCGCAAAUCCCUGCUCCCGCCGAAAGCGUCUCAGACCAAGAGGUCGAUGAAAGUCUCUGGGCAGGUCAAAUCAGACUCACCAACCAACUUGUAGCCGAAAACGCAUUGGCUUCAGGUGUUCAAACUUCAGCUUCACCAUCUGCUCUGCAUAGCAGAGCAACUACUCCAGCACCACCAGCAGGAGGCAAGAAGCCGAGAGGAACGAAGCGGAAGAAGCGUCCACCUCCUCCCGGUGCUAGGCUUUGGAAGAAGGGGCGUGUCCAGCGAGAUCCCACUGAAGAGGGCGAUGAAGAGAUGCAGCCUCCUCCUGCCCACCAGACAGACCAAGGGCGAGAGAGCGGGUAUCCGAAUGGCGCAAGUAAGCCAGAACAGCAAGAGUUUCGACCAUCUACACCAAAGCUAGAAGAGCUCCAAGAGCAACCGCGUAACGGAGCUUACGAACCCCACGUCUACAGUACCCGAGUGUCGGGAGAACAGUUGGCGCCUCCAUCGUACAGUUAUCCUAUGCGCGACAAUCAGUACGUUGAGCAGGGAAUCAGGUAUGACAAAGGUCCAUACUACCCAGUGGAGGGUGCUACUAGAGCUAGUUAUGACAGUGGCUAUGCGUAUCCCCCUCCUCCUUCCGCGCCCGCUGGUGUGUGGAGUAGGGACGAAGCAAUGGCCUACCGCAACAGCAGCGAUCAAAGGUUGCGUUAUGCAGGUCCAACUCCCCCUCCACCGCAAGACUAUUACCCGUCUUAUGGCCAAGCGUACCCGCACCAGCAGCAGCAGCAGCCUCGACAUGCUCAGCAAACUAGACCUCAGUGGCCGUAUUAG